AAAACAGGUUCAGAUUUCGAAAAGCCAAAAAUAUAAAGGGGUAAAGUGAAAAUAACACCAAAAGAGCAGCUGCAAGAUAUUUUUGCAUUUGGCACCAAUUCACACACAACACUGAAGCUGAACUACCUGAAUCUGGCGACACAAACUUCCGGUAUGGAGUCCAACGCCGGUACAGCCGACGGCGAGACUGUAAUUCUCAACUGUAUCGACCCCAACGGCUCCAGUCUACAUGAAGAUCACGAAGAGAUUGUCAUUUCAACAGUUGAAGUCGGUCAGUGGGACUUACCAUCACUUGCUCAUCGCCCAAUCAUUAAAAUUAAAGCUAAUCGGCAAAGGCUCGUUCAGCACUCGUCAUAUUUUCACGGACUAUUGUGUGGAAGCUUUAGUGAAUCUUGCUUCGACUCUAUAUCUAUUCAUUGGGACAUGGAGUCUCUUUUGAGCAUGUUGAGGUUUCUUUUUGGAUGUUCAUUGGACCUUACUUCAGAGAACUUCCUUCCGUUGUAUGAGGCUGCAUUAUUUUUUGGAGUGGAAAAGCUUCUUUUGGUUUGUCGAAGUUGGCUGAACUAUGUAACAUCAGAAGGCAGGAUUCGGCCUCCUCAAUUGCAUUUAGGAGAUUUGGUCCAUAUCUGGGAGUAUGGUAGAGAGAAUGCAACUGAUUUUAUUCCACAAUUGACUGAUUGUCUAGCGAGGAACUUUAUAUGGAUGACUUCUUGUGACUCCUUUCACAAUGUCCCUUUUGAAUUGUUGCUUUCCUGUGUAAAACAUCCUUGUUUGACAGUAGAUAGUGAGAAACAUCUUUGUGAUGCUAUUCUACUAUGGCUUGCCGCCAACACCAUCCCAUAUGAUCUUUUGAACUCCACUGGGGAUGCUCGCGUUGCAAUUUUCACAGAGAUCCGCACUAGCCUUUUGCCAUUGCCAUUAGCUGCGGGGAAACGGAGAUGCCCCCUCUUCUCAAAGUUUGCAGAAAGAAGUGUGAAUGCUAUUCUUAGUUUAGCUACCUCCUCUUCCUUUAGCUUAGCAAACAUUCUUGGAGGUGGUGAUUUUAGUCAGCUCAGAAUCCGCUUGACUGAAUAUACUAAGAUAUUGGACCUUUCCGGCUGCCCACAAAUUAGCUUGCCUCUUCUUCUCCUGUCCAUGCUUCCUUUUUCCUAUAGUGUGGACACAAUGCUGACAAAGAAGCUUAAUCAGCUUUCCCUCAAACUUGAGCCCUCUGAUAUGGAUGUAUCUCGGAUUCCGUGGGAAAAUUUUCCUGUUUUGACUUUUGAAGCAGUGGAAGUGGUGGAUGUUUCAAAUUGUCCUAUGCUACAUCUUGAGGCUGCCAUUGAGUGCUUUUCCACGUCAUUUCCAUCCCUAACAACAUUGAAAGCAGCUUAUACUUUGAACUUCAGAACAAUGAAGUUGUACCAAUUGUUACAGAAAUGCCCACUACUCUCAGACAUCGAUCUAACAGUGGAGAGUAAUCCUGUGAUACCAGCAAAGGUGUCAGUUAUAUCUUCAUUCCCUGCUGUAAAGCUGCAGAUAUCAACAUCUUUCAAUGAAGAGACAUGUCCUGCUGUACCAACGUUUCAUUUUCCUAGGCGGCUCUGGAAUAUUACAAAACUCAUAUUGGAGGGUCGAACAGAUAUUUAUGAUUCGGAUCUCCACAAUAUUGCAGAGUGCUGCCCUUCCUUGUAUUGUAUUAACCUCAAUGCGUGUACUUCCAUAACGGAUUCUGGAAUAUCCGUUAUAUUGCUGAAAUGUGUUGGCCUACAUUCAAUCUUCGCUUGUGAUACUUUGUUUGGGCACAAUUGUGUUCUGUCGCUUUGUCGCGAUAUCUCCAGAUUUGACGGUGUGGCAAUAAAAAUGGAAAAGAACACCAAUUCAUCAGCUUACAAACUUCAAAUUCUGCAUAUAGGAGGCUGCAAAGGUGAGCAAUGUUCUGGCUUUUGUUUUCUGCCUUGUAUCCUCCAUGUUAAU